AUGGAACCACAACGGCCAUGGAGCAGAUCUGGCGUCAGUCCUCAUUCGCGCUCCAUGUCAGAGCGCAAGGCGAAGCGCUUCAGCCUCACAUUCCCUAUCCAAACAUCCUUGUCGCCGACAUCCGCAACACUCUCGCCAGUGCUACCGUAUACACCUCUGUUGGCUGAGAAGCCAGCUCCUCCUGCAGGACCAACAGAUUCGGCCUUCCUUACCGCUCUUGCCGCCCACGAACGACGCGUGCUGGAGUUAAGAGAGGAGCUGGUCAAGGCCGAGCACGAAUUGCACCGUCUCAAGCAGACAUGGGCUGCUCACGAGGCCCACAAGAAGCGCCAACACGAUCCUCGCAAAGUACACAAGCUUCAGUCCUUCCGCACAACAACAGAAGCACCCGAAGUCAUACCAGUCUCCCGACAACAGGAUAUGGAGCGGCGAAGAGCACUGCUCAAUGGCAAUAAGACCUCGAAUCGUACCGUCUUCUCAGGAUCUCGCCAUGCUCGUACCUUGUCGUUGCUAUCACCAGAGGCCAUGCGCCCACCGCCACCUCGCCCACAAGAGAUCCCACGUCCCGAACAAGACUCCCGUCCUCCACACCCUUCUCGCGUACCGACCGAUGCCGAUCUGACUACCGAGGUUGCGCGCACAGCAGACGAUGCAAUCGAUUUGGGCUUACCUCGUGAGGUUCUGCUCAAGACAGGCAAACAAAUGGCUUCCGACUUCCGAGACGGCCUAUGGACUUUUAUCGAGGACUUGAGACAGGCCACUGUUGGUGACGAGGGCGUCAAUGGAACUACUUCGCGAACACAAUCCCAAUCUCCAAACCUCUCGAGGUCUCCUGCACCUCACUCUGGUAGAGGCAGCCUCAAGCCAUCUCCAAACCCGCAGCCACUGAAAAGAAGUGCUACGACUGGCAGCAGACGGACUACUUCUCGCUCACCAGCUCCAUCUGCUGCUGAGGAAAUUGCUUAUCUCGAUAUUGGUAACUCUUUCUGGAAAGAACAUGGAUUGGAAGAACCCAAGCCUGCCAAUCCCCCUAUCGUCCGUAAAUCUUCAAAGAAGGGAGCGCAUCCUCCCGCCAAAGCGAAUCGUGCCUCAACCACAUCUCUUGACACUUGGGAAAACUGGGAGGCUACUAUCCCAGAACCAGAACCGAAACCUUCGCGAUCAAAUUCAUCGGUAUCUGAACCACGAACCUCUCCAAGUCCUGAUGGCACCAGUCCCAGGACUAGCAUGAGUUCAGUCAGAGACCCUAAGCGAGACUCGCUCCCAUGGCCAGCAUUAAACAAGCUAGCGCCGAGUAAUCUUCGACGCACUGCUUCGCAUCUCAUGAAUGAAUGGGAGAAGAGUCUUACGCCUUCUCCUGGUGAUGGUGAAAGACAAGGCGAUUAUUUGGGAAGAGCCAUCUCUCCGGCAGGAUCCUUCAAGGAGACCAAGAAUGAUUGA